CAAAACAAAUAAUAGAGUGAUUGGUUCCGGCUAGCAAUGGCGUUUCGAUCAGCGAUUUCAUUGACAUUUUUCUCCUUGGUAUUGCUAUUACUAGCAAUAGGUUCUAAAGCUGGUGGAAUUGCCAUCUACUGGGGUCAAAAUGGCAACGAGGGCACCCUGAAAGAGACUUGUGCCACAGGAAACUAUGAAUAUGUUAUAUUAUCUUUUCUGGCAACUUUUGGCAAUGGGCAGACCCCAAUGAUAAACCUUGCUGGUCAUUGUGAUCCAUACAGCAAUGGUUGUACUGGGUUGAGCUCUGACAUUAAAUCUUGUCAAGCAAAAGGCAUCAAAGUUCUUCUUUCUUUAGGGGGUGCUUCCGGUAGCUACUCCCUUACCUCCACUGCAGAUGCUAAGAGUGUUGCUACUUACCUUUGGAAUAAUUUCUUAGGGGGCCAAUCGUCGUCUCGUCCACUUGGCGCCGCUGUUUUGGAUGGAAUUGAUUUUGAUAUUGAAGGAGGAACCAACCAACAUUGGGGUGAGCUUGCAGGGUUUCUCUCAGCAUAUAGCAAAAAAGGCAAGAAGGUUUACAUAUCAGCAGCUCCUCAAUGCCCGUUUCCUGAUGCUUGGAUAGGAAAUGCUCUCAAGACUGGUGUUUUUGAUUAUGUCUGGGUUCAAUUCUAUAACAACCCACCUUGUCAAUACACUCCAGGAAAUAUUGGCAACCUUAAAGACGCAUGGAAAGCUUGGACUUCAGAUAUCCCUGCCAACAAGAUUUUCUUAGGAUUACCUGCAUCUCCUGAGGCUGCAGGUAGUGGCUUCAUUCCAGUAGCUGAUCUCAAAUCAAAAGUGCUUCCGGUCAUCAAGGGUUCUUCCAAAUACGGCGGCGUUAUGCUAUGGUCUAUGUAUUAUGAUGAUCAAAGUGGAUACAGUUCUUCUAUUAAGAACUAUGUCUAAUUCUAAAAACUCAACUUUUAUAUAUAUAUAUA